AUGGAAUAUGAUCGGAUUGAAAUACAAAUUGAAAAUGAUAAAGGUCUGUCUGUAAUUGAUAAAAAUCAGAUAAAAGAAUCGACACUAUUUACAAAAAGUGCAGCAAUUAGUCAGGACGAAUCAUUUUUAGUUAUAAUUGAAAGUAUCAUGUUAGCAGUCGGAGAUAAUUAUGAUGAUAUCAUAAUACGAAUGUAUAACAUAAGUAGUGAUGAAGCGGGAAAUAAGGAUAUUUCCGAAGCACAUUCUGAAACGUUAACACUUACAUUUACUAAAGAACAAGAGCAAAGUUGGUUGAUGAAGUCUAGUUCUUUUUCAAGUUUGUCUAUUGCUGUAUCAAAUGAGUAUAAAGAAAAUUUUAGAUUGCUAGCUUUAUCUUGCAUAAGCGACGAUGAUAUGCAAGCGCCUGAUUCAGAUAAAAAAAGUAGGUGCGGUUAUACCAGAGUGUGGAUGAUUGGAAAAGAUUUUAAAGCCAAAGAAUGUAGUAUAGAAAUAAAUGAUGGUGGAAUAAUCCAGUUUAUUUCUGUUGAUGAUGAUUUCACGCUUAUUUUGUUAAAAGGAAAUGGAAUUUAUAAAUAUCGUUUACGAUAUUUAUCAGAUGUCAUUAAAUUUCACUCUGAGGUUUUAGUGUUAAGUUAUCCGGAAAGAAUAAAUACUGCUUUAAAGUAUAAUUGUAGUGAAUACAUUAGUAGUGAAAAACCUGGCGCAUUUACGAUAUCUAAUGAUGAAAAUCUAUUAGCAUACGUAUCUGGAAAUGACCUUAAAAUUUAUUUAUUAGAAAACGGUCUUGAGUUAUCAUCUUUAUCAUGUGAAGAUGGCAUGUUUGAUGUGGAAUUUAUGAAGUUUGUCUUAAAUGAUGAAAAAUUAUUAAUAUUCAAAGCCGACAGGACUGUAGCAAUCUGGGAUAUGUUUAAUUCUGUUAGAGAAUCUAUUGAAUUCAUACCUUUGGAAAAAAGCACAUCUUCAGGUUUAGCCAAGCAAAUGACAAGAAUAGUCAUCGGCCCUAGAUUAGAAAAAUCAGAAAAUUUAGAAAAUAAAUAUUUUACGAUCCUUAAUAUAAAACCAUUCUUUGACAUUGAUGAAAAUCAAAUAGCUUGGGAUAAAUUAGUUCUAAGUGACCAUUUGACAAGAUUUGGUCUUGAUUCAGAUUGGAUAGAACUAACUCCUUCUGACAGUAAAAUCACUAACGUGAGACCUAAUGCUUAUGGGAUUGAUGAAAAUGUUUCAUUAUUGGAUUUGAAAGAAUCGGAACUUAAGUAUUACCAAGGAGUAGAGCCAUGGGCCGUUCAUCCUGCAGAAAAAAUAAUUGAUCCUUAUAGUAAAAUGCGACCUUCGUUUCCAAGACAUGUUAUCUAUCUUGAUGAAGAUAAAAAAAUAAGACUCCUUAUAGGAUACAAUACUAUACAAGCUUGGUGUAAUGAAAAGCUCGAAUUUAUUCACAUUGUCAAUGAUAACCCCGAUGAGCCAGAAGUACCUCAUGAGAAGUUCGAAAUUAUCAAAAUUAAAUAUGGUGUAAAAAAAUUUGAUCUUUUUAUUAGUAAAGAAGAAGGAAAAGACAUUCAAAUAAAUAUAGAAUUUGAUGAUGAUAUUAUCUACAUAGUAAGAAGUGCAAUCGAUGCGCUUAUAUAUUUGGAUAGUCAAAGUGAAUCCAUUAAUCUUGCCGUAGGUGGUAAACGUAUAGCAUAUAACGAUAUAGUUCAACAAACACGGAACAUUAUUACAAGAUUUAUCACUUUAUAUUCGAAUCCUUGGAGACUAAUAGAUUUUCGUUAUAAGCUAAUGAGUAAAUUUAUUAUUCUAAAAGAUUUUCUACUCAUAACCCGUAUUUUAUUUGGUCAAAGAAAUGAAUCCACUGAUGGUUCUGAAAAAUGUAUUUCACAAAUCCUUUCUGUGAUCUCAAUAAAUGAUAACGAAAUUAAUACUGAAAAUGACGUUAAAACCAAAUUAAUAAAAAUUAAAAACAUUAUUUCAAGACACACUUUCAGUCAUAAAAAUACAAAAGAAGAGAAAUAUUAUUCAACCAAUGCGAUGGAUAACAUUGGAUGGAUGAACGUUGUGUCUGAAGUCAUACCAGUAUUAUACGAAAAGGAACUCGAUAUUUGA